AUGUUAACUACUGUCCAAUUUGUAAAUCAACGAUGUCCUCCAACUCCUGUAUUGAUUCAUCAGAUAGAGACAUCGGAUCGACGACGUUGUGAUAUUCUUGUUGGAAUUGUGCAUCAGAUGUCGGACACAUAUCCAGCAAAUAUGGAGGGGAGACAUGUCCUAUUGGUCUAUCAACUUUUAGCAUUGCGGUCAGUUUCUCGACCACUAUUACAGAUUUUCACUCAUUUGGCUAAACAAGCAUAUCGAAGCCUGAAUUUAUAUGGUCUUUAUAUUUUGAUGUAUCGAAUUCAGUUGUAUUGCCUGAUAGCUCUUUAG